AUAGCCUUAUCCACGCAUGGCCUUUACCAUUCAAAAUAUGGAUAAACUACAAAACAUAGCGAUGCCAGCAGAAUAAACAAUAAGAAGGAAACAAAAAUAUUGACUCAGUAAAUAUGGAUGAUUCAGUAACAAUUUCACUACUCUCCACUGUUCAAGUUCCCAAUCCAGUACUGUCAACAAAAUCUGGAGAAUCUCAACACAAAUAUAAUGUUCUUUUUCGAGGAAACCAAUGUUCUAUUUCUUUGAAAAUUGGUACAAAAUGUAGUGGAAUGAGGUCAUCAACAAGAUUGUAUGCAGGGUUGACGGAGAUAGAACCAGACAUUAAUGAGGAUCCUGUUGAUCGAUGGAGAACUAAUGGCAUUGAAAUUGAAGAUUUUGUGUUUGGAAAGUACGAUGAUCAUCACACCUAUUUUGAGAGUGAAGAUAAAGGUACAUAAUCCCAUUUAUAUGACACUAUUAUUACUUUGAGGAUCAUCAAAGGAUAUGUUUAGGGGAUGAGACUGCUCUUUCCUUAAUCAGAGGUCUCGGGUUCGAGCCCUUGGUAUGAAAAAAUCUUUAGUAGGGAAUGUUUUCUCCCGAAUAGCACCCUACGCGGUGUGAGUCCGGAUAUAGCCGGGCUCCAAUGCGAAUACCAAACACCGAGUGAGAAACUAAAAAAAAGUUAUUACUCUGAGGAACUAAACAAUUUUUAACUACAAUAUUUGAAUGAUUAACUUUGUUGGCUUAUAGUACUUUCACUUCAAAAAAAAAAUGGAAUUAGCUACGAAUGUCAUCACUAAUUUGUCGCUAAAACGCUCGUAGCUAGCAAAAUUUCUUGAUAAUCCGUUGCUAAUCCAUCAGUAAAUGAGAUUAGCGACUGAUUUUUAUGUUUAGCUACAGAAUUUGUCUGUCGCUAAAAUCUAAUUUUUUUAGUAGUGUUUCCGUAUAAUUUGUAAAUAUGUAAAAUUCUAUUUCAUAAAACUUGAAAAAUUCAUGUCCAACUAGCAGUUAGGGGGAGAAGCAAGAUGAUUAUGUACGUAAGGGUUCGGCCGAAUCUAGUAACUUUAGUCUAAUUCUAGAUUUGUAUUAAAAAAUCUACUCACUACUAGAAUUUCAAAAAAAAGCGACCAAAUUUUAGCGACCAAAGUUGGUCUGACUUUGGUCGCUAAAUUGGCGAAAAUAAUAAAAUAGUUAUUUGAUAUACAUUAGCGACCAAGGUUGGCAGCUACUUGGUCGCUAAUUUUGUCAAAAUAUUGACCGUAUUGGUCAGACUUCUUGGUCAAAGGUAUACUGAGAUUAGCGACCAACGUUGGUCGCUACAGGGGGACCCACUUGUAAAAUUAUAAUAUUAUUUUAAAAAAAUUAUAAA